UUUUCGUAUGGAAAUGAGGUUAACGCAUUCGCUGGAACCGAACGCCCUCCCCUCCCCCCACUCGGGUCGUUGGCGUGAACUCAGCCUCCCAGUGCCCUCCGUGUAUCUCCCGAUCCAGGCGCACGCAUUGUUGCAAAGUCCUGCACUUAGGGAUGAGAAUGUGCCUUUGCGUUUCGUUACUUUGUUUUGCAACAAUGCUGGUGUGAGGGAUCGAAGUCCUAGCUUGGGCUCUCGCCCUCUUAGCUUUCUUGGGCCUCUGGGCGCCUCAAACGUAAAACUAGGCCGUUUGAAGCCUGCCAAGCGAAGGUCUGUUGGUCUGCAGACUUGGCUGGGCUGGAUCAGGGGGUCCCCUGGGCAGGCGGCGGAAGCAGAGUCUCGGCGGCGUUGGGUUACGGGAGGGUCUGAGUGGGGGACUUGGGACAGCCGCGGGCCUCGCUCCUCCCCGGACGGGGCGGGACGGGGAAGUCCCGCCCAGCAGGCCCAAGCCCUUCAACGCCCCGAGGGCUGCGUCCGCCUCCUUCCUGCCACUGCGACGCCGGGCCCCGAGGAUAGGCCCCUGUCGCAGAGGAGGUGGAGGGGGCAGAAGCUGGCGGGCUAUGCCCGGGUCGACCCGCCCCGCCCUCCUUUGGGACCUGGUACUGGGCGUACUGGGCACCGCCGCCUUCCUGCUCGACCUGGGCGCCGACCUGUGGGCCGCCGUCCAGUAUGCGCUCGGCGGCCGCUACCUGUGGGCGGGUCUGGUGCUGGCGCUGCUGGGGCUGGCCUCGGUGGCGAUGCAGCUCUUCAGCUGGCUCUGGCUGCGCGGCGACCCCGUCGACCUGCACGGGUCGCAGCCCCAGCGCCGCUGCCUGGCGCUGCUGCAUCUCCUGCAGUUGGGCUACCUGUACAGGUGCGUGCAGGGGCUGCGGCAGGGGCUGCUGGUGUGGCGGCAGGAGGAGCCCUCCGAGUUUGACUUGGCCUACGCGGACUUCCUCUCCCUGGACAUCAGCAUGCUGCGGCUCUUCGAGACCUUCUUGGAGACAACACCGCAGCUCACGCUGGUGCUGGCCAUCAUCCUGCAGAGCGGCCGGGCUGAGUGCUACCAGUGGGUUGGCAUCUGCACAUCCUUCCUGGGCAUCUCAUGGGCACUGCUUGACUACCACCGGGCCUUGCGCACCUGCCUCCCCUCCAAGCCCCUCCUGGGUUGGGGCUCCUCCGUGAUCUACUUCCUGUGGAACCUGCUGCUGCUGUGGCCCCGAGUCCUGGCUGUGGCCCUGUUCUCAGCCCUCUUCCCCAGCUAUGUGGCCCUGCACUUCCUGGGCCUGUGGCUGGUGCUGCUGCUCUGGGUCUGGCUUCAGGGCACAGACUUCAUGCCAGACGCCAGCUCUGAGUGGCUGUACCGGGUGACGGUGGCCACUAUCCUCUAUUUCUCCUGGUUUAAUGUGGCUGAGGGCCACACCCGAGGCCGGGCCACCAUCCACUUGGCCUUCCUCCUAAGUGACAGCAUUCUCCUGGUGGUCACCUGGGUGACUCAUAGCUCCUGGCUGCCCGGCGGGAUUCCACUGCAGCUGUGGCUAUCUGUGGGAGGCGGCUGCUUCCUUCUGGGCCUGGCUCUGCGGCUUGUGUACUAUCGCUGGCUGCACCCUAGCUGCCACCGCCGGGAGCCUGAGCCUGACCAGGUGGAUGGGGCCCGGAGUCUACUUUCCCCAGACGGAUAUCAGCUGCCUCAGAACAGGCGCAUGACCCGGUUAGCACAGAACUUUUUCCCCAAGGUUAAGAAUGGGGCUGCUUCGCCAGCGAAGGGAGAGGUGAACGGCGUCCUUUGAAGCAGGAUUAGACCCAGCCAGCAGAGAUGGACAGUGACUCCGCUGGCAGAAGGCAGGCGAGGAUAAGCUAACGAUGCUGCUGUGGGCUCCAUGCACUCACCAAGAGUGGGACGCCUGUGCUGGGCCAGGCACCAGGGAUGCUGCUGAGUGGGGUAGAGGCCUGCCUUCAAGGAGUUCACAGAGAACAAGAUGAGAAGGGCUGGGCCCCGCAGAGUCAACAGCCCCAGUUAGGUCCAAGACACCUGGGGAGGAGAGACGACUCCCUUUUCUUUUCCCCCUGCCAGUUGGUAUAGCCGGUGCCCCAAAACCUCCUUGGCUACCUCUAAAAUCAUUGGUGUAGGUGCUGCCCCUUAGCUUCCCUAUCCUGGGCUAGAAGGCCGCAGCACCCCCAGGGGCCUGUCCUUCAGAAUUCUUCCUCCCUUCCCCACACCACUCUUUCAAUUCAUGAAACAAAUCUUCGCUAAGAGCAGUUUAUGUGCCAGCAACAUCAUUCUAUCCUUGCAGCCUGGAACAAGACCAGCCACCACCCUAGCUUCAUGCCCUACCUGCACCAACCAGUCCUGGGUUAGAUCUCAAAUGCCGGAAGCUGGGGAUGCCCAACUCUGGGUGACCCCAGUCAACCUCCAAGAUCUCGGUGAAGCUGGCCUGGCCUCUGCUUCUGCUCUCAAGGGGCUGCUUUUCAACCAAGAGCCUUGUGAGCCUGUGUUCCGGGCCUUGCACAGCUACUGAGUAUUUUUUAUUCUUUAGCCAGUGGACCUCCUACCUCAGAGUCUAUGUGAGGGGAAGAGAAUGUGUGUGCCUAUGUGUCUCUGCAAGUGACAGACGUGUUUUGUUUAACAGUAUUAUUAGGUUUUUAAAGCCUCAUGAAAUCCUCCAA